AUGCCGACCACUCCGCAUUUGAAGACUCGUCUUCCUAUUAAAGUUGUUGCUAGCUUUGCAGCAGCACUUGUAGUGAUUCUGCUCACCUUGUUCAGGCUAAAUUUAAAAAUUAUGGGCCAACAUGAUGAGCUUGAAGAGAAGCUUUUUGAGGAGAGGGCUGCUCUUGAAAAUAAAUACCAGAAGCUUUAUGAAACACUUUUCCCCAAGAGAAAGGAGUACCACAACAAUAGCAUAAAUCAAGGGCUUGUUCUUUAUUACAAAACCAAACUUCAAGUUGGUCUAGUUGUUGUUAUGCUUGAAGACUUACUCCAGAUUUUCUUAUUUAAGUCCUUAGCUGGCGUAACUGCCUCGACAGCUUAUGUACCAGUCAGGAACAUUCAUGAUAAUGUCAUUAUUGCUCAUGAGAUGAUGCAAUAUAUGAAGACAACAAAAGCUACUCAAGGUGUGGUGGGGGUCAAGCUAGAUAUGGCAAAGGCCUUUGAUAGAAUGGAGUGGUAUUUUCUGCAUCAAAUUAUGAGUCAUUUGGGGUUUUCUCAGAAAUGGUGUCAGAUAAUCAACAAGUGUAUCAGUACUGGAAAAAUCUCUAUUCUUAUAAAUGGGAAUCCAAUGGAAUUUUUCUCUCCAACAAGAGGGCUAAGGCAGGGUGAUUCUAUAUCUCCUUACUUGUUUAUUUUGUACAUGGAAGGUUUCAGUAGAUUGCUUUCAAAUGCUGCUAAUCAGAAAAUCAUAAAACCAGUGAUCCCAACAAAAACAGGGCCAGCAAUUUCACAUUUACUGUUUGCAGAUGACUGCAUUCUUUUUACAAAGGCUAAUGAAAGAUCUAUAAAUAAUCUCAAGGAGCUAAUUCACAAGUUUACUUCUUCUUCUGGUCAGAUGGUCAACUUAGAAAAAUCAAGUGUGUUCUUCAGAAAGAAUCUCAAUGAAGAUGAUUGUAACAACAUUAUCAAUUGGUUACAAAUGAAGAAAAUGGAUGAAAAAGAAAAGUAUUUGGGAACUCUUCUACAAACUCCCAGAAGCAAAGAUAAGUUUUUUGACAAUGCAGUUAAUCAGAUGGAUUGUAUGCUACAAACAUGGCAAGGGAAACUUACCUCACAAGCUGGCAGAACAACUCAUAUACAAGCUUCUCUCAGCACUAAAGCAAAUUACCAAAUGGGUUUAUUUGAAGUUCCAGAAAAAACAAUAACUAGAAUGGAAAGAAUCCAAAGAAACUAUUUCUGGAGCAAAAAGAAUGCAAAAGGAGGCAACAACAAAUCUUGGAGUAAAAUAAACAAACCAAAAAGAAAUGGAGGUUUGGGUCUGAAAGACUUGAAGGUGGUGAAUCAUACACUCCUAGCUAAACUGGCUUGGAGACUCAUACAUGAAAAAGAAGCCAUGUGGUACAAAGUGUUAGAGGCAAGAUAUUUCAAGGGCAAGGAUCUUCUGUUAGAUAAUACAGCAAAAAAGAGAAGUUCUUGGAUAUGGCUGAAUAUUCAGACAGGGCUAGAAAUUAUCAAGAAGUAUUACAUAUGGGAAAUUGGUGAUGGUACUUCAGUGAAAGCUCAGAUGCAUAGAUGUUAUCCAAAUUCUGAAGAUGUGAACCCUGAAGCUGCUUCUUCCACUCAACAAAUACACAACAACAUAAUGGUGGCUGAUUUAAUCUCUCAAGAUACUAGAACUUGGAAUGUCAGCAAGCUCAACAAUCAUUUCAAUAGUUCUCAAGUGCAACAAAUCAGAAAUAUCAGAAUUCCUAGCUCUGCCCUGCAUCAAUCCAAGAAGAAUCACAAUACUGUCAAAGAGUGGAUUAUCUCCUGGUUUGCUGAUGAAAACUCUCUAGAAGCUACUAAUAAUCUUCUGGCAAAGCUUGCACCAUAUGGCAUAUAUGGAAAGCAAGAUGUGAGAAAGAAUUGCAUUAGUCAGCAUGAAAAUUGGAAGAAACCACCAUAUGACUGGAUAAAAAUCAACAUAGAUGCAUCUUUUGUUUCUCAGAAUACUAAUGCAGGCUUUGCUUUAAUAAUUCGUAAUUCUGCAGGGGGAUUCUUGGCAGCAAUGGCAUUCUCAGCAAGAGCCAGAGAUGUAAAUCAAGCUGAAUCCUUAGUUCUGCUAAGAGCUUUGCAAUGGGUGCAGGAAAUGAAUCUCAAGAAUGUUAUCAUAGAAGGAGAUAAUAGGUCAGUCAUUGAGUGUUGUAAUAGUAGUGUAGAAGGCUUUAAAUGGGAGGAUCAAAAUGUUAUCAUUGAUUGUCAAAAAAUCCUCCAAAAUUUAGAGUCUUGUCUGAAAAGGUAUGGUAACAGUGUAGCAGAUAAGCUAGCUAAGUUUGCUAGAACUAGCAUUAGAUUUCAGGUUUGGAGAGAAGAUCCUCCAAAUAUUAUAGCUAGUAUCCUAGAAAUGGAAAGCAAGAAUUAG